GGCCCUGCUGGCAACACAUGUGCGCCCAUGAUUUGGAGCUCCAGAGGCUUUCUUCGCAGACACGGGGCUCCAAAGAAACACACGUCUCAAUGGGGCUUUUUUUAUGAAUAACAAAAUUCUUCUACAAUCCAAGGCAGUGAAUUUUGGCCAGCUGAGGACGUGACUAAGGAUUUUUUAAUUUACAUUUUGGGGAUAGUGGAUUUCUCAACUUUGGUGAAUAACUGCAGUCCACGAUGACUUCCAGGAGGCCGAUGACACGCUCUUUUUCUGCCAACGGGAGGACCAGCAGCUUUAGCGAAGAGGACAGCAGCUCUCUAAAUGGCCGCACCGAAACCCGCAAUAAUUACCUCUCAAAUGUUAGGCCGGAAAACAGGAGCACCUUGUGCACUGUCAUGGCUCAGCUCACCGAGGACAUACAACCAUCCUUUGAGACCACCUUGAAGUCAAAGGCCGUGUCAGAAAACUGUAACGUCAAGUUCACCUGUGUUGUAUCAGGUUACCCAGCGCCAGAACUGAAAUGGUAUAAGGAUGAUAUGGAAAUGGACCGUUACUGUGGACUUCCAAAAUAUGAAAUCCACAAAAAUGGGAAACUUCACACCCUCCAUAUUUACAAUUGCACACUGGACGAUGCGGCUAUCUAUCAGGUAUCAGCGAGCAAUAGCAAAGGUAUUGUCUCCUGCUCAGGGGUUUUAGAAGUAGGCACCAUGAGUGAGUUCAAAAUCCACCAAAGAUUCUUUGCCAAGCUCAAGCAGAAAGCAGAGAAGAAGCGUAAAGAGUUGGAUGAGCUGAGCAAAAAGGAGGUCAAGGACAAUAUUCCGGCAGAGGAACUGCACAUUAGUCCUGAGCCACCCCCAAGGAAACGACCAGUCCCGCUAGCGGAGCCGGUCCAAGUAGCUAAUGAGCAUGAAACUGUGGAGCAGCUGCGCACUGCUGCAGGAGCCAAUGGAGUUAGCUUUGACGUCAAAGAAACAGCCUCUGCAAUACCUUUGGACAAUAAUCUGCCGAAGGACAUACCGGCCCCUGAGGACCUCGUUGCCAAGAAGAAACCAAAGAUCGCCAAUGGCCUCAAUGCCGCCGUUAACGGCACCACAAACAGCAAUAGCGUUAGGAGCCUUUUGAUCACAAAUGGAGGUGACAACUGUUAUGACGGUGGAAUCAGUUUGGCACAGUUUUUAUCAGAGACUCUUCAAACGCAGACUGGCGAAGACAGCGAAAACUUACCACAGGUAGAAAAGAUGCAGGAGAUGGACGUAUGUAUCAAAAAUGCAAGUACAGAUAAAGAAGGACGACUGGAGGAGUUACAAGCAGAAAAGAAAGAGCAUGAAACAGCAAAAGAGCAAGAGAACAUGAAAGAAAUAGAGGUGGUCAUAGAAAGGGAGAAAGAAAAGGAAAGGUUACAAGAAGUGUCACAUUUACAAGAACACCCUAAACACCACAGAAAAGCACUCAAGGAUCAUGAUCAUCAUAACCUUCAGUCAUCCAUCUCCUCCAUGUUGCACACAGUCAAAGAUUUCUUCUUUGGGAAGGGAAAAAAAGACUCUCAUGAAUACACUGAAAACAAAGAUAAAGAACAUGACCAUGCGCCCAAAUUCUCGCAGCCUAAAUCUACACAAUCACAAACACCUCCAUCGUAUCGGCUAUCCAAAAAACAUCGGGCAGAGGUUGACAAAGCUCACAUGGACCAAGUUGUACCUAUGGAAAUUGAUGAGUCGAAUGAGCCUUCAAGGUCUGUGGAUGUAGAACAACACUCGGUGUCAAAGAAACUCUCGACAGCACAAGAAUGUAAAGUGAAAGAUGAGGCUGUAAAGUCACCAGUUAUGGAAUUACCCCCUGGGAGACCAAAAGAGCCUGCAGGACAAAGUAAGCAUGAGACUGGGACUCGGGUGCAUAACAUGGAGGUAUCAGCAGGUGAAGCAAUCAGAGGUCCAGGUCAACAAACGUCAUUGUCCGGUCUUCAAGUUCUCAAAAAGGCUGAAGAGAAAGAUACUGAGGCAGUCAAAAGUGCGGAUAAGGUUCUCUCACACCAACAAGAGACAGAUACCCUGAUAGGUUCACCGCUGCCUCACCACCCUCCUGGAGACGCUACAGCUGUACCCAGGGACAAUAAGUUUCUCUCCCCAGCCAGCCAAAGUUUCCCUCAACCAUCCAGCCUUUUAAAAGAUAUUCAAGCUCCUUCUCUCAGCGUUAUCUCAGCUAUGGAGACAAGUAGCCUCUGUGUGACCCCCACUUUGCAAAGUGACGAUAUCAAUGUUGACGAGAUAGGUGGCGAUAAUAAACCUAACAGUGAGGUGGACGACCCUUCCAAGAAAUUAUGCGUGGAAACUAUAGAGAAUGUAAAACCACUACCCCCUCCCAAUAUCAACAGACCUCAGGUGCCUGUAUCAACAGCACCUUCCCUGGAAAAGGCUAAACCUGACAAAGAGGUUAACUACCCUACCAAAAAGUUAUGUGUAAAAACUGAAGAGAGGUUAAAGAAGUUACCCCGCCCUGAUAUAAACAGACCCGAGGUGGCUGUAUUAACACCUUCUUUGCUAGAAGAGGGUGAACCUGAAAAAGAGGAGAACUACCCUACCAAGAAGUUAUGUAUAACAACUGAAGAGAGGUUAACAGAGCUACCUCGUCUUGAUGUAAACAAAUCCAAGGUAGCUGUAUUGACAACGUCUUUGCUAGAAGACGGUAAACCUGAUAAAGAUGUGAAUUUCCCUACCAAGAAGUUAUAUGUAGGAACGGAGGAGAAAUUAAAAGACCUACCGCGAACCAAUAUAAACAGACCCAAGAUUGCUCCAUUAACACCAUCUUCGGCAGAAAAGGGCAAAUCUGACAAAGAGGUGCACUAUCCUACCAAGAACAUAUGUGUAGAAACUGAAAAGAAACUAAAGGAGCUACCUCAGGUGGCUGUAUUAACACCAUCUUUUCUGGAAGAGGGUACACUGGAUAAAGAGGUGAACGAUCCCACCAAGAGGUUAUGUGUAGAAACUGAAGAAAAGCUAAAGGAGGUACCUAAGGUGGCUGUACUAACACCAACUUUGCUGGAAGAGGGUAAACUGGAGAAAAAGGUGAACUACCCUACCGAGAAUUUAUGUGUAAAAACUGAAGAGAAGUUAAAGGACCUAACAUGUCCUGACAUCAACAGACAGGAGGUGGCUGUAUUAACAUCAUCGUUGCUGGGAGAGGGUAAACCUGACAAAGAGCUGGAGUACACUUCAAAGAAAUUCUGCGGAGAAAAUGCAAAGGAACUAAAAGACCCCCCCCGUCCCAAUAUAAACAGACCUGAGGUGGUUAUGUUAACACCGACUUCACUGGAAGAGGCUGUCAGGACAAGGGAAAUUAAAACACCCAUUCAGAUACUUGAGUCUAAUAUGGAUGUACACAGUUCACAGCGAGAUCAUGUAAAGGAGGCUGAAGGUGUUUUCAGUCAGGAAAUGAAUGUAGGAUUUUUACCUGCCACAGCCCCCAAGAUGGGUGACCUAAAAAUGUGGUCUGAAUGCGUAUGUUCUUUAGCAGAUGAAAGCAAAGACGACUUAAAACUGAGACUACCUCAGAGUUCAGAGUCUGAUUUUAAAAAGGAUGAGACAAGAAGUGAAAGGAAGGAAAGAGUUAGUGUAGGAAAUGUGAACCAUCCGAAAGAACAAAAGCAGGUGAUCGUACAAUUUACCGAAACGAAUAAUGAAGUUUUGGAAAUGGUGACAGAAGAAAAUAAACCACUUGCAGAAGCGAAUGAGUUGAACAAAGAGUCAGUCAAGAUCAUGACAGACAUGAAAGAUCAUAAGCAGGCUGAAAUAAGUGUUCGGGAAGACGUUUCAAAAAUGGAGCAUCUAGACAAUAAUAAGAAACACCAGUGUCCCUACGAAAAAGUUCCACUCUUGUCCGAUAUAAGCACAAAUGACAACACUGGUGUCCCAAGGAUUGAAAUAAUAGAGCCUCAGAUCAAACAAUUCACACUCCCACUCACUAUAUUAGCGCUCAAAAAGAUAGAGUCAGAACCAAGUAUUUUAGAAAAACAUUUAAAACCACAACCUAAAGCCUGGGACGUUCUUGAUUCUUCAGGGCGUGAUGAUAAGCUACCCCCUUCAGAUAAAGGGAAGGAAGUUUUGAAGUCAGGUGACAAGAUGGAAAUAAUUUUGCCAGAGCAGGCAAGAAUGAAAGAUAGUCAGGAGCUCCCUCAGGUCAACUAUGCAACCAUUCCCCAAAUAAAUGUGUCAUCCAGUGAUGACAAGGAGGAUCAUAAAUUCAGAAACAUCCAAGUUCUGGAUUCUCUGCAGCAUUUAGAAAUGUCGACGGUGCCUUUGUUUGUGGUCCCGCCAAUAUCUGUCACUUGUCAUGAGAAUGAGAGUAAAGGAAAGAAAAGCAAUCACACUGAGUGGACAGAAACUGAAACUUUUGUGGUCACAGAAUACAGUCAGGGUUGCCUUGGCAACGGCAAGACAGCUAUGUCUGAAAAAACUCAAGACAAGGCAGAACAAAGUUUACCAGAGAACAUUUCUUCUAUGCCAAAUGAAAAUGUGCAAGAAAGGAGAAAUGACAGUGGGCCGUUCUUGAGUAGACCCACAGAGGAUAAUAUUUCCCUUGAAAUACUGAAGGAAAAACCCUUAAAACAGGCAAAGAUUGACAUUAGUGUAACUGUUGAAGACCUCCUCAGAAGCAGAGCCCCCAUUGAGAGACUCAUACACAAACCCCCCACUCACCCAUCACUGAGCCCUGGGAGUAUCCGUAAAUUUCUGUCCAAGGCCGCGGGAGAGCUCGAAAGUGAUGCUGGAAAGACGGUGCCUGUGAUCACAGUGGACGAACGUCAGAGUGACAAGCCGGACGAGGACACGAGCGGCGGCUCGACACCGAUGUCCUCUACGCCGACAUCGUCGCUGUCAUGCGAAAGCAGCCCGAGGCUGAAACGACGGGACAGUCUUUCACUCAUACGCUCCGCCACACCCGAGGAAUUGGCCUCAGGAGCCCGUCGCAAAAUCUUCAUUCCUAAACCUAAAGAGGAUGCGGACACAACUGCCGGUGCGCUGGAAGCUCAAAUGAAGAAGGAGAGCCCCUAUAUGUCCCCCAGCCAAGCUCGCAGAGCAGCAUUGCUCCAAGCCCCUGUGGGACAAAACACCCCCCCAACGGAGAGGCGCUCACCACUGAUGAAUCGCAGGAAGACCACACUGGAGGUACCCAAAGUAGUGGAGGAACCGCCCAAAGAGGACCCAGUUAAGUGCGUAAAAGAGGAGAAAGUUGCUGAAAAGAAGCCUGACCCUCUGAAAGCACCACAGGUCAUCCGUAAGAUCAGAGGAGAACCUUUCCCAGAUGCUUCUGGACACCUGAAGCUGUGGUGCCAGUUUUUCAACGUCCUCUCCGACUCCACCAUUAAAUGGUUCAGGGAUGAAGAGGAAAUAUUGGAGGUCAAGAGAAGUGCAGGGGACGAGACCCAAGUGGCACUGGCUAUUGUUCUGGCAGCAGGCCAGGAUUGUGGCGUUUACGGUUGCACCAUCCAGAACGAAUACGGCACAGACACCACAGACUUUCUCCUCAGCGUGGACAUUCUGUCUGAUAUACUUCUCCGAGAGGAUUUGGAAGUUGGAGAGGAGAUAGAGAUGACGCCACUGCUGUUCACCAAAGGCCUCGCCACCCCCGGCAACUGGGGCAACAAGUACUUUGGACGCAUCAUGACUGAGACGGCGCACAUCGGAGAGGGUGUCAGCCACAAAGCCAGCAGAGUGAAAGUCAUCUACGGCCUAAACCCUGUCUAUGAGUCUGGAAGUACAUGCAUCAUCAAGGUUCCGAACCCCAUCGCCUACGGGACCAAGCAGGAUAACAACCUUAUAGACAAAAAUCUAGAAAUGACAAAACAGGAAUGCAAAAUCCAGAACAUGAUCAGAGAAUAUUGUAAAAUCUUUGCGGCUGAAGCAAGAGUAAUUGAAAACUUUGGCUCUUCACUAGAAGUGAUUCCUCAGUACCUGAUGUACCGACCCGCCAACUCAGUACCGUACGCCACAGUGGAAGUUGACCUACAGGGGGUCUUCCUCAAGUAUUGUGCGAUGAAUGCGAAAGGCCGCCCGAUUGCUCAAAGUGCCUCUGAGAUGGAACAGAAAUGCAGCACCUUCCAGCAUUGGAUUCACCAGUGGACGCACGGCAAUUUACUCGUCACCCGCAUGGAAGGUGUUGAAACGAAGAUUACAAAUGUUAGAGUAGUGACCAAAACAAAAGGGUAUCAAGGGCUGGCAGACCACAGCUCUCCAGAAGUCUUUGAGCAGUUCCCAACGGUCCACCAGUGCAACUACUACUGCGGACUAAUGGGCCUUCGCCCGCUCAAGACUCAGGACCAGCAGCAGGCCAUAAAGGUAAAAGGUUCCAAAAGCCCUUUGCUCAACCGCAAGUUGACCUCAGGGUCCGGCAGCCCCCAGCCACACCGUAAAGGACACAGCCCUCAGAUGGGCCGGAAGGCUAAUAUGAGCCCAAAGGUGACGAGGAAAGUCCAGGAGACACAGGACAUUGACUCCAAUGGCAAACUCAAGCCUGCAGAAACUACUAAUACUCUUGAAAUGAGGUAGGAAAAUAUUUCAGCUGUUUAUCUCCAGCUAGAAUAACAGUAGCAGUUUCUUUUUAUUUAAAAUGACCGUGAAGUACCGUGACUACAAUAUAAAAUUGGGCAGAGGAUGCGCAGAAGUGGUAGUAUGCUUUACUCCAUCGUACCAGGCCUCAUUAGACUUGACGUUAAACUACUGAACCUAAGCACGUGCCUCAGAGUCUUAUUCGCUCCAUGAGUGGACUCUAAGCAGUACUUGUGAUAGCAGAAAUAAGUUAUCAGCAAUUGACUGAUCUUGAAGACACGCUCUUUUUGUGAGAGAGCGACAGAAAGAAAGAAAUGUCCCUUUUUUUGUGUUAAGUGGCCACGUUCAACCCCAAGUGUGAUUCCACUCUGCAUGUUCAUCUGAAAUGCAAACUCUAUGUCCAGGGGUAUCCUUUUUUUUUUUUUCAGCCCAACUUGCUUUAAUGUACAUUGCAAAUCUGGUUGCACUGUUCA